GUUUCUGAAAAGAGCUACAAUUGUUGACACAAACUCCACGACACAAAACCCUCUCAAGUUUACUUCUAAUCUAACAACAUCAAAGGUCAAACUACUGUUUCACUAAACCAUUUUUUCUUGACAAUUAAAACUAGAAGAUCGUCGAGUCGCUGAGGAAUUAAGCAAUGACCAUUUCCGUGGAAGAACCACCGCAUCGAUUGGAAUCUGAGCACUCGUUGCUAUUCACAAAAAGUGCAUUGAGUUUCAUCGAAGACUUGGUAACCGAAUUCGAUGGCAGAGUGGAGAAAAUUUUACUUGAACGCGAUCGACGUCGCUUAGUCAUAAGUGAAGGGAAGUGGAAACCAGAAUUCCGAAACAGUUCCAAGAAGUUAGAGUGGAAUAUUGGACCGUUACCAAAACGACUACAGAAUCGAAAAAUUGAUCUGGGUGAUGUUUCGCCAGCAAGUACAGCAUAUUUUGUCGACACUUUAUUCGCUGACGUUCAAGGAAUUCAGGUUGACUUUGACGACGGAUUUUGUCCCACAUGGAGAAAUAUUGUGUUAGGAAUAUACAAUGUAACGGCAGCAGUUCAUUCCGUUUUACCAGGAGCACCUACAGAUAUGACUAAAGCCCCAACAUUGAUGCUGCGACCGAGAGCUUUCAAUAUGAUCGAACAUCACUGUUUGGUUAAUGGCAAAGAAGUAUCGGGACCAUUGUUCGAUUUUGCCCUACUGAUGUAUCACAACGGAUUCCGAAUGAGUCAACUUGGCAUUGGGCCGUUCUUUUACAUAUCUAAGAUCGAAGAUACAAUCGAGACAAAGUUAUGGAACGACAUUUUCGUGUGGACACAGAAUCGAUUAAACAUUCCAUGCGGCACAAUCAAGGCUUGUGUCUUGAUUGAGAACAUCCUAGCGGCCUAUUGCAUGGAAGACAUUCUUUAUUCGAUCAAAGAACAUGCAAUCGGGCUUAAUUGCGGCAUCUGGGAUUACUCGGCUAGCAUAAUUGCUAAGUUUGGCAACAGUGCCGAUUGUGUUAUUCCUGAUCGCAACAAAUAUGUGAACAUGUCCACGAAAUUUCUAUCCUCAUACAUGCGUCUAGUCAUCGAAGUCUGUCACAGACGGGGUGCUUUUGCUACGGGUGGGAUGGCAGCAAAAGUAUUACCUCCAGGGAAAAAACCGAACAAGCCGAACGACGUGAUCCAACAAAUCAAAUUCGCCAAAGAAGUCGAAAUUCGUUGCGGUGUUGAUGGAUUUAUGGUCUACGAUAUGAGAAUCGUCGACGAUAUCAAAGAGCUGUGGCAAGGUCUUUGUAAAAGCGACAAUCAGCUGGACAAACAACUGGACGUCAGUGACAUCCAACCAGUGACCCUAAUUGAUAUUCCUAAAGGUGGAGUAACGAUGGAUGGACUUAGACAGAAUAUUUCGGUUGCUUUACUGUUCAUCUAUCACUGGCUAUCUGGUUCGGGGAUUUUCUUCUACAACGGUGCAGUGGAAGAUUCAGCAACUGCUGAAAUAUCUCGAUCUCAAUUAUGGCAAUGGAUUCGAUUUUCGGCACCCAUCGAAGGCAAAGAGAACACAUUUGUUACGCGACAAUUGGUUUACAAGGUACUUGAUACCGUCGUCGGUGAAUUUCGCAAAUCGAUGUGCCGUUCCAUACCAGACAGCAAACGGUUGACUUCGUCAAAGUUCAUUCUACUGGAAAUUAUUACGUCAAAAUUCUACAUCGAAUACAUCACGACGUUCUUGAAUGAUAAUCACAAAUUCCGGGCAUUGCACAAUAAGAAUGAUGGUCUCGUAGCGAAGUUGUAGAUCACAUCAAAAUCAACCGGUUUACCUUCGCAAGCCAAUGUAUUUCAUCCAAUUGUUCUUUUGCGUAAAAUAAAAAUCAUUUUUCGUGCAAA